GAGGUGCUUAGCUCCUAGAGGCACAGAGAGCGCCGAGAGAAGCAAGAUGGCGGACGUGUUGGAUCUUCACGAGGCGGGGGGCGAGGAUUUCGCCAUGGAUGAGGAUGGGGACGAAAGCAUCCACAAACUAAAAGAAAAAGCGAAGAAACGGAAGGGCCGCGGCUUUGGCUCGGAAGAGGGGUCCCGAGCGCGGAUGCGGGAGGAUUAUGACAGUGUGGAGCAAGACGGCGAUGAACCAGGACCACAGCGCUCUGUUGAAGGUUGGAUUCUCUUUGUCACUGGAGUCCACGAAGAAGCCACUGAAGAAGAUAUCCAUGACAAAUUCGCUGAAUAUGGGGAAAUAAAAAAUAUCCAUCUUAAUUUGGACAGGCGCACAGGAUACUUGAAGGGGUAUACUCUAGUUGAAUAUGAAACAUACAAAGAGGCUCAGGCUGCCAUGGAGGGACUAAAUGGUCAAGAUUUGAUGGGACAGCCAAUCAGUGUCGACUGGUGUUUUGUUCGUGGUCCACCGAAGGGCAAGAGGAGAGGAGGCCGAAGACGAAGCAGGAGUCCAGACCGGAGACGCCGUUGAUAAAUCCUCUGACUGGGUGGUCUCUCUACAAGUCCAUUUGGUUAUGCUGCCUUGGAUAAACAGGGCUAGGGCAGACCUUGUGUUUAUAUUUAAUUUCUUACCCUAUCUACUUGGCAUUGCUUUUGAGUUUUAGAAAAAAUAAAUGUUCCAUUUUGUUUUCUA